CGCCCGAGCCCCGCCCCGCCGGAGCCGCCGGAACCCCGCCGAGAUGGCUGCGCUGAGGGUGACCCGGCAAGUGCUUCAAACCAUUGCAGGACAUGGAUGGAGGUCACAUUCUAGUAAACCUGCUCAAAACUUACAUAUAGGCAAACCUGGAGCUGGCUUUAGCUUUGAACUUACUGACGAACAGAAGGAGUUUCAAGCUACAGCUCGUAAAUUUGCUGUGGAAGAAAUUAUUCCUGUUGCUGCACAAUAUGACAAAAGCGGAGAGUAUCCCGUGCCACUUAUAAAAAGGGCUUGGGAACUUGGUCUUAUGAAUUCACACAUACCAGAAAGCUGUGGUGGCCUUGGCCUCGGCACUUUUGAAGCCUGUCUUAUUACAGAGGAGUUGGCCUAUGGAUGUACAGGGGUUCAAACUGCCAUUGAAGCAAACUCCCUAGGACAAAUGCCAGUUAUCAUUGCAGGAAAUGAGCAUCAGCAGAAAAAAUACUUAGGAAGAAUGACAGAGGAACCAAUCAUGUGUGCCUACUGUGUAACAGAGCCUGGAGCAGGCUCUGAUGUGGCUGGUAUAAAAACAAAGGCUGAGAAGAAAGGAGAUGAGUAUAUUAUUAAUGGUCAGAAGAUGUGGAUCACAAAUGGGGGGAAAGCAAACUGGUAUUUUUUGCUAGCACGUACCGAUCCAGAUCCAAAAACUCCUGCAGGCAAAGCCUUUACUGGAUUCAUUGUGGAAGCAGAUAGUCCUGGGAUCCAAAUUGGAAGAAAGGAAAUGAAUAUGGGUCAGCGCUGCUCAGAUACAAGAGGUAUUGUCUUCGAAGAUGUGAGAGUCCCAAAAGAAAAUGUGUUGAUAGCUGAGGGAGCUGGCUUUAAAAUCGCAAUGGGAGCUUUUGAUAAGACCAGACCACCUGUAGCAGCUGGUGCUGUUGGAUUAGCAAAGAGAGCCCUUGAUGAGGCUACCAGAUAUGCUUUGGAGAGAAAAACGUUUGGGAAACCAAUUGUUGAACACCAAGCAGUGUCUUUCUUGCUUGCUGAAAUGGCCAUGAAAGUUGAACUCGCUAGGAUGGCCUACCAGAGAGCUGCGUGGGAAGUUGAUGCUGGUCGCAGGAAUACCUACUAUGCUUCCAUUGCAAAGGCAUUUGCUGGUGACAUUGCAAACCAAGUAGCUGCAGAUGCAGUACAGAUUUUUGGAGGAAAUGGAUUUAAUACUGAAUAUCCUGUAGAAAAACUAAUGAGAGAUGCUAAAAUCUACCAGAUAUAUGAGGGAACUGCUCAAAUUCAAAGGAUGAUCAUAGCUCGUGAACAUGUUGGCAAAUUUAAGGCUUAAAGAAAUGUAUGAAGUGUGCCUGGCGCUGCUGUAGUGUUCUGUGUUCUCAUGGAAAAGGAUGUGUUUCUCAAUAGAAUUAAAAAGGAAUGGAGAAAAACAAA